AUGUUUUGGUCUCUGUGCGUAAUCGUAGCCUUUGCGUCCGUGCCAACAGACGCGCAAAUCACCAGCAGGUAUGUUAUCGGAUGUCCCGCUCGGUGUGACAAGUCGAUGUGUCCCAGGGUAGCAGCGGACUGCCCGGUGGGACAAGCCCUCGACGCCUGCCACUGCUGCAUGGUGUGCGCGUCCGGAGAGGGCGAAGCGUGCGGCGGCAGCGGGAAGCUCGGGGACCCGAUGUGCGGAGAGGGGCUGGAGUGCUCGGUGUCCGGCGGGGUUGGUUACACUGUGACGGUGAGGAGGAGAAGCAAGAGUGGCACUUGCGUGUGCAAAACCACCGACCCGGUUUGUGGAAGCGAUGGGGUGUCAUACCGGAAUAUCUGCGAGCUGAAGAGGGUGAGCCGCCGCGCGCAGAAGCUGCAGCAGCCACCUGUGCUCUUCAUUCAGCGGGGAGCCUGCGGGAAAGGUAAGACCCAAAGUUUCAAAAUCAGGGUUGAGGAGACACCAUAAAGCUGUUUUCUUUAGAGAAGCUGAAUGACACCUGGAUGGUCAUGACUUUAACAGUAUUUAUUCUGUAUUUAGAGCACUCUCUCCACUAUUUUCACCAGGAGAAACACCUUACUCUUAUUUUUGUAUCAUGAAAAAUAUUAAUUUUAGACACCAAAAGCUUUGGCUACAGUCAAACUGUAAACUGUCAUUUCUUCUUUGCUCACUUGGUGUUUGUGGUUUGAUCCUGACACAAAUAUCAUAGUUUACAGCUGCACUCAGUGGCACACAAUCUUCAUGUGUCCUGAUAACAAAAGCCGCUAUUCAUGUCCUUGUAGCCUCAGUCCUGCAUUACAAUUAGGCUGGAUCAGGACACUAUUCCUGACUCCUGCCUGCCCGGUUGAAUGAAGUCAUGAGCUCCGAUGUAAAGCUCGAUGGAAGGAUUUUCUGUGGCAUGCAUAACAAGCAGUCACAUGGCUCUAAUCCACUUGAUUGUUUUUAUACAUUGCAGGUCAUGCAAGUUCAAACUGUCUGAACUGAACUGAGAGGUGUUUUCAGUUCCAGAUAAGUGCGAUAUUGGCUUACAAUUAACAGCACCCAUGUGAAAUAUUUGUAUAACUGGUAUAUGUGAGUGUUACAGUAUGGACCUGCGCUUCAUCAGGGUGUCAUUAGAAAAGUAUGUCGGCCUUAUCAUAGGAGCAACAUGAUGAAGUGUUAUGACUUCUCACUGCUGCAGAGUUUAAUCAGAGAGUCGUUCAUCAUCAUUAAUGCUACAUGAGUAAAGUAUGUAUCUUAAAAAUGAGGAACGGUCUGACUCAAACACUCUUGCUUGCGCACAUGUGAGGCCACAGGUGGUAAAGACAUUGUAUCACUCUCCAUUUUGCGGUGCAUGUGUUUUACAUAUGUCCAUCUGAAACGUGCACCACGUGUCCAUUCUCAAAACUUCUGGAUGAAGAGCUUCAACACCUGUCGCCUCAAAGACCAACAACUUUUCCUCAAAGCUCGGAAACUUCCUCUCUCUUCUUCUUCUUCUUCUCCUCCUCUUUCAGUGUUCCUCUCUGUCUCUGUGUGUCUGUUGUCGCUCAUAAAUCACACUCACUAGUCACAUGAAGGAAUGCCUGGCGCUGAUUCAAAGCCAUAAUUCCUCCUCUGUUGAAGACAGGCAGGAGACACAAGGAAAACACAAAAUUAGUGACCUGUAUUUUUCAGGGGGAGGUUUACACAGAGAUCAAAAACAGUGUGGGCGCGGUGGCAGUGCAGACUCUAUCACCGCAGUUGUUUGUCAGUCAUGUAAGCAACUUAAAUGGCUACGUCAUUCCCAGACAGGUAACCAUGUCAGAGAGAGGAAGGCUGUGGUGAGUGCUGUUGAUUUUAUCAAGGCAACCAGUGACAAGUCCUAAAGCUGCAAUACAAAGAGUCACAAUUCAUUUGUGUUUUUAGAUUAGCUUCUACCCAUGCUGUCCUAAGUGGUACCUCUUAACCAUCUCUGACGUUAGAUGUGAUCAAUGCUUUAGACUUAGAAGACCAAUCAAAGCUACAAAGAAACUCGACUCCCUCUGAGCUCCUCUAACUAUUCCCCCCUCUUGGCCCCACGCUAAGAAAACAUAUGCAAGUGCACUUCGCAUGAUGUCAUUUCAUGUCUGGACUGUAAAAAUGAUGAUUAUGCAAGUGGUUCAGUUUUGGCAAGAGAAAUUAGGUCAAAUAUUUAAGUGACCUUGGGGUCAUAUGUGCUGUAAGUGACCCAUUUUUUAACAGUGUGCUUUUCGCCAUUUUAAGUCCACUGUUUUACAACUGUUAUAAAACUGAAGGUAUGGAGGAAAGGAUAAAAGUUGUUGGAUCCAAGUCAUGAUGAUGUCAACGCUUUCUUUUCAAGCAAGAGCAAGAAAAAAACUGACUUGUGUGGAUACCGCAAAUAAAUGGAGUAAGAAAUUACAAUAACACUGACCAAGCUAGUGAGCGAGGAACAUUCCCAAAAGGCAAUAACAACAACACUGAACAUCUAAGGUGCCAAGAUCAGUGACUAGAAUUCGCUAAGGUGCCAGGCCGCUAGUGUGCUUACAUACUGCAUCCAUAAUAUAGGCCUUGAUACAUUUGUAAAGCAUGAGAUGUAAAGAAAAAAUUGACCCCAGAAGAAAGAAAGUAUAGCUGCAGAGACCAAAACCUACUUGUCACCAGUGAACACGUAAACAUGCUGUAAAGUUAGUCUUUUUAACAUAGCUAAUGGGGGUUAACUAACUUCUGGAGCAAGCCUCUAGUGGUCAGUUAAGGAAUUUCAGUUGUGGCACUUCAUUUUUAAGCCCCAGAUGCUGCAGGGAUCAUCAAAAUUAAAUUUGCUCUUUUCCCUAAAUAAUCUGCUUGAUUAAAACACAAACUCAUACAUUUGGUAGCUGCUGAGUCACUGUGCUGCUCUCUCUGGCUUUGCUGGCUGUGGUUUCAGAGCGCACUCUGUGACUCCGGCUACUGACAUGUGCUGAGUGUACACAUUUUUCCCUGACUUGUCUGAGUCGCUCCUGAUAUUAGAUGAAAAUCUUUGUUUUCCAUAUGUCUUUUCCUUCUUGUCCUCUUCUUGCUUCACUGGCAUGACUGUCUAUUUGUCUGUCUGUUUUCCUCAUCAUUUCUGCCCUGUUCUUGAUGCUCACGCUUGCUCGGGCUUGACCACAUUUGAGACCUCACCUCUGUUUCUAAUUCAGAGUCAGACCAUUUCUUUUCUCUUCUUCUGUUUCUAAAAAUACAUUUUUAUAUCCCUAAGUGAAUCACAUCAUAGAGGCAAGAAAACACCCUCUCUCUCUUGGCUUGUUUCUCCUGGUUAGUCAGUGUUGGACAAGGUUAAAUCACUCAAAAACUGAACUGCCACAUAAAUUCCUGCAGGAUUUUAUUUUUAAUCAUAAAACUUCCACGGAUGCUUUAUAAAUCUGUUGAGAAAACAGGUUCCUGAACUUGAUAGCUUGGCAGGUACAAAAACCAAAACUGCUGUUAUCUUGUUAUCAUUUUGUCAGAAAGAAAACAAAGCUGCUUUUCCCAUAAUAAUAUUUCAUGAUAACAAGUUAAUUCAACAAUCUAAAUCAGAUCAUUGAGACAGGUUUCAGUCCCAACAGCGUUCUCUUUAAAUAAUGAGAACUGAUCAAAAACUGAACUCCACCAAAAAGACAUAAUGAUAUUUCUUUCUGUGGAUCUGUCACAGGAUCUUAAAUGAGUUGCUAUAGCUGCCAAGAUGCUAUCAUGGCAGUUCUGAUCUCUGACAACUAUAAAGGGGAUAAUGUCUUAUUUCUUUCUUCCUUAUCCUCAGCCUCUAAGUGUCCUUGUGUUGACCCCGGUGUAUUUUUAUGACAACAAAAGAAAAACAAAAAUGGUUUGGAUUUGGACCACUUUCCAUGCUGUGGAAACUCUCCUCUUUUAGAUGUGUGUUUGUGUGUGAGUUUCCAACCAUGACUUCAGUUUCAAAUGGAAAGUUUUUCGGGUUGAACUUCAGUCAAAAUAGGACAAAUUUUGAAAUGGAAAAUUUUGGUUGGUCAGAAUUAAUGUCAUGGUGGCAAAGUGGGGCCUCUCUCGAAGCUGCCAGUGUGUGUUUGUAACAUUAUAAACAGCAGCGAAGCCCAAAUAAUCAGUCCUCUUCACUGCAGUGAGCCUCAUGAAACCAGAUGAGUCAUGAUCUUAAACUUUAAUGCUAUAACUCUGAAUAAUUAAAAACAGGAACUUAACAAAAAUCAAUACCUUGGUGUACAUAUAACAAAGCAGCUGUUCUUAAAACUCUCCCUAUGAAACUCAUCAUGACCACAAAGAAACAACAGCACAUGUAUUUAUUACUCUCUUCACUGAUAACCACCGUGGAAAAAAAGUUUGCUUUUAAAGGCCUCAGUUCGCCCACAAUAAGACAAACAGUCUUGGUUAAUGAGAGUGUCAGGGCAUGAAGAAGAAAAGCUGAACUCAUUGAAUUCACAUCUCCAAUCUAGGGGAGGAAGAGAAAAAGCAGCUUCCGCCUGCAGACACCAAUAAAACAGCGGGAUCUAUGUAUGGGAAAACUGAAAAAGAAAAGAGGCUGAGAUCUUGAGCGGGAACUCUGCGGUGAAGGUCACUGUGCAGCGGGAGGAGGGGUAAUGGGUAUACAGGGUGAAUAGGAUAGGAGGCCAAUAAGUAUGUGAAGAGAAAGAGGGAGGAAAAGAGUGAUUUUAAAGGCUGCAUUAGCAUCAUGAACACCUCUUACUUCAAUUAAAAUGUGUCAGAACAUGUAAGUGAGAUCCCUACACAAGUGUGCACUGUUAAAUAUUCUUCUCCAUAAUCUCUUUUCACCUUCUACCUAUUUGUGUGUGAUAAAACAUUUACAAGUCAGAAGAUGUACCUUAAUUUAGCCACAACAAGCCUCAAUAAAAGGGUUUCUUUUGGCCAAGUCUAAAAUGACCCACUUUGAAACAUUUUUUUCUAAAGACAAAAACUUAAAUUGGCUGAUACUUCUGACAAGAGGUUGGUAAAUCUGUCUGCCUCGACUUACUGGGGGCUUUAGUGGUGGAAAAUAAAACUUCACUGACAGGCGACGAAAAUUACUUUGUGCUUUUUUCCUCAUUUCCUCCUUGUGAGGAAAUUGAAGAGACAUUUUUCAAACCACUCUAGGACUGCAAAAUAAGUCUGACUGAAUAUCUCCAGAGCAGAAUGCCGUUCAGAUUUCAGUGUAUUUGGAUCUUUUAAACAAUUUAAGAAGCCUUGAUAGCAGCCAGUGACAGUCUAUAGAAGCAACACUAAGGUUAUCUCAUACCCACAUUUCAAGCUAAAAGCUUCCACCUGUGAUGCUAAAGACACUAGUUAGCUAAGUUAGCUACAUUAUGUGCAGAUGGCAGAAUAACUCACAAUAAGCUAACAUUCACAAUAAUGUAGUGUAGGCUUUAUCACAGGUGUAGUUUCCACUGGAAUAGAGAAAAAGUAGCAUUACAUGGAUUACAUGUGAAUAGGAAGCUUUUGCUAAUCUUGAGCUUUGUGUCCUAACUUCCUCUCAACACAUCAGCGCUCAGAAGUGUACUUUACAACAGAGAAGCCCUUUAAAUCUCAGCUCAGCUCAGCUAUGAAAUAAUCCAUCAAAGUGUAUAAAUCAGGUAACAAUGGCUUACACAGGCUCUUUAAUGUAACCAAGCUUAACACAACAUGUGAUUCAGGACUUACCAAUGCUAAUAAAUCAUCUCUGCUAAGUCUCUGAGCCUGCUAUCAUGCACUCGUGUUUCAGCGUAUACCUCAGAGUAAGAUAGAGUGUGAGACGGCGGCACUAUUCACAAAAUGUUGAAGUUGAAGAGACUGACGGCCCGUUUGACUCCAAAAACAACACGUUCUGGAUACUGUGCCAGCUCUCUAUAACUGUAAUCCUCGCUGAGCUGACCACAAACCUCUAGGGUGUGAAGCUAGCGGAGGGAUAAUUUAGCCAACCUUUCCAUGAGAACCUUUGGUGAGGGGAAAUAUCUGAUAGAUUAAUAGAUAGAUAGAUAGAUAGAUAGAUAGAUAGAUAGAUAGAUAGAUAGAUAGAUAGAUAGAUAGAUAGAUAGAUAGAUAGAUAGAUAGAUAGAUAGAUAGAUAGAUAGAUAGAUACGACAGUUGAACUCAGUUGCAUAACCCAGUAUCAUAUAGGUUCACAAUUUUCCCCCUGCAGUUAUAAAAUACUUGGUACUGUAUAAUUUAGAGGCGUUCGGUACGUGAACAUGGUGCUCAUUCCAUGCUUGCCUUAGCUUAACUGCGCCUGGAGCAGAAAGUCUUUUCUCAACCCCUCAUGACAAUUAAUGAUAUCCAAGGGCUCAGGAGCACUUUUGAGCUCCACAAAACUCUCUCCGGGAUAAUGUUACAAGCAAGAACUGUCUUCGUGAGACAAAGUAGUUUUUAGGUACAGCAGAAUAAGUGUUUAUGAAUAGAGGGAUGGAAAGCUCAAAGAGAAAAAGGUCUGGGGAGUUUUGAUUCAUAGCUUUGGUUAAACUAUGCUCUGAGUAGGACUUAAUUACCAGGUAAAUCAGUCAACAUUUCCUAACAUGCCCGGCACUGAAUGAAUGGUGGGAUGAUUCAGGGAAUUUGGCAGUCUUCACACUCGGUGUCAGACAGUGUGUGUGAGUUAUUGUAAGGAUCAGUUUAGUCUUGGGAAAAGUCAACUUGAUGGUAGCCUGUAAAUACAAUUAACCAUGAGGUUAGAUAAGGGUACAGGGUAAGUAUUUCUGUGAGAGGUUUUAUAGUCAAAGUAAAGUGUUCGAGGUGCAUGCGAGUGUGUUUGUUGUGUGUGGGUCUGGGCCCAGACAGCCUUAACCGCAGAUGAGCUGUCAUCUUGUCUUUUCCUCUCUGUUUUACAAAAAUAAACUGGUUUUCUAUUCUCACUCAGCUCUUACAUCAUGCCGUACUCCAAAGCGUCUUUUGUCUGUUUUUUUUCCCCCCUAGCCUGACAUGUUACGUAUGUGUUUGCGUGUCCAAUUUCCAGCUCAGGACAACCCAGACAGCCCGAGACACAAAUACAACUUCAUCGCCGAUGUUGUGGAGAAAAUCGCUCCAUCUGUGGUUCACAUUGAACUCUUCCGCAAGUAAGGCUCAUGCACCUGUGUGCCUAUGUGUGUAUGUGUGUGUCCGGGGUUUACAGCCCACCUGUGUACUAAACUAGACCACACGAGUUGGAAAAGCACCUUACUCUCUGCUCGAGUCUUUCAACAGCUUUUCUUUUCAUCUCACCAGCUUUUGUGCUCUUUUAUCUCCGCUCCUCAUCCUUCAUCGUCCGUGUUGUCUAUAUUCUGUCUUCCACUUCAGCUUUUUAGGAGAUCCUUGAGCAUUUGCAGCUCACUGUUUUCCAAGUUCCCUCCUCACCCUCUUCUGCAUUAAUACUAUGGGCUCCGGUUGUUUCCCCCUCUUACUGUUUUCAAGUGUUCUUAAUCAUCACUUCUUUGUAUAGUAACAGGCUUUUUGUUUAUAUAGUGAUCUCCAAUCCGUUUAAGCUUCACUCUGUUUGUACUUUGUUUUCUUGUCUUGCACUCCUAUUACAUCAUGCAUCACUUUUGGUGCAUUUUCAGUGUGUUUAUUUAAGAGACGAGGCCUUGAAAGAAAGAAAGAAAAUAAACAGCAGCCUUUAUCCUCGCUUUCCCUCCACAGGAUGACCUAUUCCAAGCGAGAGGUGGCGGUGGCCAGUGGUUCUGGCUUUGUUGUGUCAGAGGACGGCCAGAUUGUUACCAAUGCUCAUGUCGUGGCUAACAAGCACAGGGUGAAGGUGGAGCUGAAGAGCGGGGGCUCAUAUGACGCCAAAAUCAAAGACGUGGACGAGAAAUCUGACAUUGCACUCAUCAAGAUCGAUGCACCGGUGAGUAAAAGUGCCUCACAGUCAAAAUGAGCCGACUCAAGAAUGUUCAAAUAAAAUGUGUACGAAUUUUUUGACAUUUGUGGAACAAAGACAGCUUUGUAGAUAGGGGGUGCCAAAAUAUUCACAAACCUUUCAUGAAAGCAAAUUAGCCAGUGCAAUGCCUUCCUGUUCAUGCCAAACAAAGCUAAUGUUCCUCUGGCUCUUGUGUUAAUGUUAGCAUACAGACAUGAGAGUCAAACUUUUAUCAAGAAAAUAACAAAGUCCAAAAUUUGACACGUAAUCUUUAUUGAAGUAUACACGAGUGUAAGCGUGUUGUUAUAAAGUCAAGAAAAGUAGGUUUUCCUCUACUUGUCCUGAAAAAAGUACCUUACUUUCAUUCCCUCAGUUGGCUUCUAGUUUGUUUUUUAAGCACCUAUGAGGAACUUUUGGUUUAUGUCAAUUUUGUUGCUCCCUGUGAACAGAACAGUCUUUGUUUUUCUUGUCUCUGACAUACUUUACUUUAGUUUUGACCCAAAAAAUCUCAUCCUUCUGAUUGUUUGUAUUCAAAUGUAUCAUCAAUCUGAAUAUUUUAAUGGACUUGUAAAAACAGGGCCGUUUCCUCAGCUGUUCAACCCCUCACACCAGUUUGAGACAUUAAGAAUUACAACAUAAAAUCAAUCAAUCUUGUCCCUGAUGGUCUUAUUUGCUAAUGGAUACCACGAAAAGGCAUCAAUAUGAAUUUCAUUCUGUUUUAAAAAUGUAAAAAUAAAAAAUAAAACUCCACACAGGAGCUUUAAUUCUUGAAUCAGUGACUUUCAUUUUACCGUGUAUAUUCAAAAAUCCAAAUCCAUUCAUCAAACUUUGUUUUUACGUAUUUUAACUCUCCACAGUCAACACUUUCAGACUCUCCUCUUAGAUGAGAACAUUAGCAGUGAUUAGUUGGACAAAAAAAGGAAAACAUGUCAUGAUGAUAUCUUCAAUUUUACCCAAAACAAAGUGUUUUUGAUAACGUAUUAAUAACUCUUACACCACAUCUGUUUCUAAUGUUAAUCUUCAGAGUAUUCUGGAAGUGGUUUUUGUUGGCCUUUUACAGUUUCGUUUUUUUAGUCAUACGACUUUGAGCUGUGAGAACAGCAGUCUGUCAUUUUUAUGUGAGAGGUUACAGUAGGAAAAUGACAAAUUAACUGGAUCUUCAAAAAACCUUGAACCUGCUUCGCUCCAAGAUAGUGAGAAAAGGUCAAAACCUUCACCUGCUGUUUUUUAACUCUGCUGGAAUUGUUUCUAAAUCUGGUAAGGAUAUCCAAAGCCCUAGUAAAGUAAAGUGAGAUUGCAGGUGCAGUCGAAUGGGUCUUAAAAAGACAGCUGGCUGGCAGUGUGUCAUAAGCCUGUUGGUGUUCAAACACAUCAGGCUGCAAAAACAACCACAAGAUAUCCCACAAGAAUUCUCACACUCUUUCUUGAGGUCAAAGACGGGGUUGACAUUUGAAAUAAAGAGAUAAACAUUUAUGUUACCGUAACUGCACACAACAUGUGCUGGCUACAGUUUCUCUCCUGUCCUCUCCUCAUCUCUGUCUGUCUGUGUUUAUUUCUCUGUCUACUGGACGCUACAUGAUAAUCACUCCCUACAGUUAUGUGGAGGAAUGUGUGGCGGACAUCCAGGGCCUAUUGACUGGAAGUCAUUGCAGAACAGAGUGCUUUAUGGAGCUCACUCUCAUGGCUGGGUGACAAAGCUGAAUAGAUGCUCAUGACAGCUACACAAGGUGUAUUACAAAGCCCUUCAGUUCCUAAAAGAGGAUGAAAGAUUUAGGUUUUGUCUGCCUGACAAUGUGAGCGAAGAGUCCGGAAAAGAGAAGUGACAGGUGCUUUGUUUUUGCUUAUGCUAUGAUAAAAGCUGCUCUGAAUGUCAACGACAGCCUAAUCUCUAAUUAGGGGGGUUUGCCAUGUUUGUUACACGACAUGCUCAGCAUUGUACAACCUUUUUGUGUGUGUAAAAUUAGUAUUUAUAAAUGCAGAAAUCUCUGGGAAUUAUGUCAUCAUCCUAGUCCUCAGUAAUGUGUACGUGAUCAUGGCAGAAGUCAGUCCGCACUGUAGCUGCAGAAAUGUUUUCUCUCCCCUUUCUCCUUGAGCGUAUAUGUAGCAUUCCUCCGCAUGACACCUCGGCUUUACAAGCUGGUAAACAACAGGUGGUUGUAAUAAAGAAGGGUAAUUGUAAUCAAGUGACAGCCAGCUGUAUCCAGUUUGUCAUCCCGAUAGAAAACACCAUCAGCACCGUGAGUAAACUUGUUUUGGCAAAGAGUGAAAGCCAUUGUGUCGAUUUGAAGCUGCUCUCCAUGGCCAUGUGUCAGAGAUGAAGCCCUAGAAGGCCAAAUGAUUUAUAUUCUACAAAUGCCCCUCACUGUAAACCUACUAAUGAGGGACAGUUAUUGUUUGUCCAUUAACAAAGAUGUUAACUUAAAAAAGUAAUUUCUGUUCAAAACUGACCAAAGUUAACAAUAACAUUAAAACCUGUUAAAAGUCCAAUGGUCUGCUCCACUCCUGCGGCAACAGGGUCUCUGCAAUCCAAAUCCUAAAUCACUUUUGCCAUAAAGAUCCAAAGAUUACUUCAAAUCUACAAAGGUCAUAUACCCUCACUCAACUAGUUUGCAAUCCAUCUUACCCUGUAAGAACAGGGUUUAGAUUCAACAUCAAACACAUCAGUAUAACAACCACAACAAUACCAGCUCUUUUUGGUAAUCCAGAUUAUUAAUCCACGGAGGGAAAUAGAGGUUUCAUUUUACCCUUACUUUUUCCCAAUGGUCAAAUUUUGAAUAAUUUUCAUAAAGAAAUAUAAAAAAUGCUGUUUGUAAGGCACUAUGUAGAUUAUGUUGUCUCGUGGCCUCCCUUUAUAGCAUAAUGAACCUUCUGUUUUUAAUAGAAACUGUCAGAAUUGUUUCUAAUUCUAAUGGUCCCUCAUUUCUAUGUGCCUCUGAAAAUGGUAAGAAGCACUUUUAGUAGUUUUCAUGUAGUUUUUAGGCUAAGGGAUACACAGCCUUUUUCAAGACCAGGCUUUAUUUUGUGUUUUGUUCUUCAGGGCAGUACUUGUCUUUCCAGUUUAUUCUUCAGGGCAGCAUGUUGAAUCCUUAUUUAAGUCUGACGUCCACAUUUUUGUGGCUUUAGUCAAGUCAACAUGUCGAGUCUGGAUUUUGUAUCUUUGAAAGGUGCUUAGCCUAAUGAAUUUCCCUUUUUUAAGUAACAGAGAAUACACAGUAGUGCAUACAAUUAAAGGUGUAGAGGUUUUAUAGUUAAUGGGUGCGUUAAACUGUUAAUAUUUGGUGAUGUCUCUGUUUUUCCUCAGUUUGUCUUCUGUUUGCAAAGAAAACUCAUGAGUUAAAAACAUUGAUUGGGUUACUUUGUGAGAGUUUAUAAGUAAAUUCAUGUCCUGACUGGCAUUGGAUGUCUGUAAUCAUCCACGCUCUCCUCCAUCAUUCCCAUUUGUCUUUACUUUUGUUUCUAAUUCAAUCCCUCAGAGUUUUCUCUAUGUUAAAAAAUUGCUGCCAAUGUCAGCAGUCCAGAAGCAGCCACAGAUAAUCACUAAACAAUUUUCCCAGUUUAUGAGUGAGAAAGUAGAGUUUUCCCUGAGCUUUUCUCCUCUUUCUUUGCAGUUUCUAUGAGAAAUUGGGGUUUUAUUGGUAGAAAAGCCCAGUCUGUUUCUGGGGCUGUGGUCUAGCCUUUAACGCUGGGGAAUACAUUAGUCCAUCUACAGCAGCUGGAACCUCAGAGGGGAAACAGGGAAAACGUCCUGCUGUACUCACUUGUUCCUGAGAGGAGGGUAUAGGAGAAAAGAGAAAGAAAGAGGCAGCAAUGUGGUCAAAUCCUGGAAAAUGUAUCCAUAUGUCUGGUGGACCGUGAGUUAAUGGGAUAAUGAGUGUGCUGUGUGAUGUGGCAACAGCACAAUAAAGAUAGAACUCAUUGUGCCUCUGGUUUUAAAAGGACUUUCAGUAAUCCUGUUCUCUUACUCAGAACUUGGACACGUCACAUUAUCUCGGAAAUGCAUGCAAUAAAGUGGAUUCAUACAGAUUUACCAGGACAGACUCAACUCUGGUUUAAAGGCUUUUUGAAUAUAAGUCAAUAUGAUUUAUUUCAUCAUAAUGACUUAUACUGACCCCUACAAACUUGGAAGUAACAACGCUGUCUUGGAAUGGUUUCAAAACACUUAAACGGACUGCAUGGGGAAUUUUCCAUGUCAUUUCAGACCAUUUCACGGCAUGCUCUGUGCAGACAUUAACCUUGGGAUGUUUAUACUGCAAAUGCAGCUGAAUGCAGAGAACCUGAAGUCGUGUUGGGCCAAAUGUUGUUGUAUGUGCUUCACAGUCGGAUAUCUAGUGGAGAAUAUGCAAUGCAGGUCCCUUUGGGUUGUUCUUCCUACGGUAAGAACAUGUUUAAAGUUUUCUAAAGUGCCCUUUUAUUGGAGAAAACAUUAUUCAAGGCCCUCUAGGGUUCCCUUUCAGUGGAGAAACUCUACUGCACAGCUAUUUAGGAAGCCCUUUCAGCGGAGAAAACAUGAUGGAGAAGCACCAAGAUGGGCUUUCCAGUGGGGAACAUGUAAUGGAGGCCCCUUUAGGUUGUUCUUCCUAUGGUACGCACAUGUUUUAUGUUUUCUAAUGUGCCCUUUUAUUGGAGAAAACAUUAUUCAGGGCCCUCUAGGGUUCCCUUUCAGUGGAGAAACUCUGCUGCACAGCCAUUUAGGAAGCCAUUUCAGCGGAGAAAACAUGAUGGAGAAGCACCAAGAUGGGCUUUCCAGUGGAGAAAUUACAAUGCAGAGCUCUGCAUGGUAGCCAUUGUGUAAAGAAAAAAGUGAUCAAGCGCCCCUCCGGGUGUCUUCAUGGAAACCUGAUGCAGAGCCCACUUUGGUGCUUGUCCAUCAGAGCAAAUGAUUCAGCAGAAGAAAACCACCCCUGGCCGUCAUAACUCGUUUAAUUUGUCGCGUGAAUGAAUGGUAUUUACUCGCAUCAUUUGCGUGUCAACAAUAAUUUCAGUGGUAAUCCCUGCCAAUUCAACCAGCGGGAUCAAGUAAUAGACAAUUUACCAGGCGAGCUCCUUUUUAUUCUGGUUUCGGUGAUUGAAAGAAAAGGUAUCGUAUAAUUUGAGGCACCCACACACCUGCUCGAUCAAUUUGUCCUCCAUUUUAGAUAUCAGUGAACAACCAUCCAUUUUCAUGCGUCACCAGGCAACCUUUGUGCUGAGUAGUUAUUUACGAUGCGAAUAUCCGCUCAAAUUGAGAUUCACCCAAUUUGCGUCAUUCACGCUGCCAGAGUCAUUUGCAUCUGUGCAUUGACUUAGCAUGUAAUUCAUUCGCGCGAAGGGUUUUACUCGCCCUUGGUGUGUGGAGACAGUUAGACUCAUUCAAACUAAAACGUUCCUAACAAACGGUCAAAGAGCUGUCAAAGUGACGGUGUUUUCAUUGUUUAACAUACAUCCUGUUAGCCUCUUGUUAACGUGUUUUACAGAUUUUUUUGAGACAUAAACUGAGAGAUGAUCUGACAGUAACAAGCUGAAAAGGGGGAAUGUAGUCACCCACUGUAGUGGAGGCAGACUCGCCCAGUGUUGUUAUCUGGAACAACAACAGUAGUCCAGAUAAAUUGCCUAAUCCAGCUGUAAGCGUAGCUCGACUUAAAUGUGCAUGUUAAUGUACUGGCUGUUAUUCAUAUUGGUCGGUGAAUCUGUCUAGAACAGCAUAUUUUUUCUAUUUAAAACAUUACUACCAAUACUACGUGAAAGUGCAGUGUCCUUAAAAUCCUAUUGUAAACACUACAAGACUUUGCACAAGCUGUCAUUGUCUGAUGAAUAAAUAACACUUUUCCAUUAGCGCAGUUUAAAGAUGAGUUUGAACAAUACAAACUGAUGCUGUUAAAAUUUGUUUCAGUGAAGGAGACAUUAAUUUGACCCAUGUGCCAAAAUCAGAGAUAACAUGUCUCGUGUCUCCAAUAAGUUCCCCUGAAACAAUGACACUGUCUGUCUCUGUGUUAGCCAUCAUUUCGUAUUUAGAGUCUCAAGAGCGGUCUCUCUGGGAAAUUUGCACAGUAUUGGUUUGGACUGCUUAGGCUAUUAUUAGGAUACCCAUGUAUGUGUGUGUGUGUGUCUAUGUCCCUCUCUGUUUAUGUGCAGAGAGGAAAAGAAGGAAUGUGCCUCCACUCAGCACGUGUUUUUGUGUUUAUCUGUUUAUCAGAAUCUCCUUCUAAAUGCUUCACCAGGAAGUAAGAGAUGGGAGCAUUUCCUCAGAUGAAGGGUACCAGUGGACAAACACAAGCUUGUUAUCAGUCAUUCAGAUGAGUUUGUGCGUGUGUGUUUGUGAGUGUGUGUGUGUUAUGGGAUGGGUUGAAGACGGCUCAUUGCACAGACGUGGGGGAGACUCUCCAUUGCUCGUGGAAAUACACUGCAUGCUGUCCUUAAGAGAAAAAGCAAAUGGGAAAUGAAUCACAUCCUCCUCUCCCCACUGACCCCACGUCUCUCCUUUAUAUUUUGUCUUUAAAUCCAAAAUGGUUCCCAUGCUUAAGGACACUGUCAGCCGGGAGAAGGGCCAAGAACAAUAUUCACACACAAACACUUUCUUUUGCCCUGCUGUGUCUUCAUGCACUUUGUCUUGGCCUCCUUUUUGGCAACGUGAUUGUUUUCCAAGCCCACUGGAUGGGCAGCAGCAAAACCCAGAACUGUUUGGACUUACCCGUCAUUGACGUCACAUUGGGUGCUGAUGAGGCAUAAUAUAAAAGUCUGAAAUCAACCACAGUUAGUCAUUUACUAAAGUCAAAUUACUCAAUAGAAAACAGUCUAUGAGGCACCUCUGUUUGUACAGUUUUACAACAGUAACCAGGUCAAGCAUGAAGUGUUAAAUUGAUGUGGUGUGAUUUUAUGGUCUUCCUCAGAAAUCCAGAAAAGGUCAAAGCGAGUUUGUUUGUGCGUCUUGAUAAAAUCUUAAAGAUAGAAAUAAGCGAUAUAUUUUCCAGAUGCGUCUAUUUAAGACUCUUUCUGUGAAUAGCUCUUCAUGGAAACAUGACUGUCUCAGAAAAUGUCUCCUAAAAAAGAUUGACGGUGGGUCCCCCUGAAUGAAAUGUUUGUGGAGGAGGAUGUCGCCUUUCAGUUUUAUGAAUAUCCAUUUUAAAAGCUUUUGGCACCAUAAACACAGUUCUAUUCAUAGAAAAACUCAGCAAACUAAACCAAAACUCCUUACAUCUUCUUGGUCUAUUACCAAACAGCAGAGAAGUUCAACACAUUUUUGGUACUUUUGGUAAAACCAGCCUUUAACCCUUUAGUGAAGUGUAAUUUUUACUAUCCAGUAACCCAUUUAUUAAACGUGUUGUAUGCCACAGUGUGGGUGUAGGCUUUUAGGAAAGUGUUACAUUGUGCAGCGACAACAGGCAAGGCUGUAACCCCCUUCUUCAAUGAGUUUAGGAGGUCCCAGUGUGCUCCUCCAGCCAUAUAAAGAAUCGUCUAGACAACAAUAAACAGCCCGAGACUCAUAAAACCUAAAGGAUUUAGAGUAAAAUCCAUACUGUGUCAAUGUUUAUGUUCACAUUUAUAGUAAAGGCCAGUGAGUACUGUACAUCCCAGCAUGUACCAGGUAGGAUGUGUCCUUGAAGGCAGCACAGAACAUAUUUAAACAAUGUAAAUACAAGCCUGACCUAUUAUUUAAGGUUAAAAAGAGGUCUAGUUCAACUUUAAAAUCUCAUCUCCUCCCAUUAUCGUGAUUUGUGUAGUCCAGAGUUUUGUGGUAUCUGUAGCCGGAGCCGAGACGCCCUCACGUCUCAUGCAAAACUAAACAGAGCAGAACAUACAUGCGGACCUCGCACACAUGUUUGCUCUUAUUCUAAAGACUACAAGCCUCACCAACAACAUAUGGAAACCAUGGUGGUUUCCGCACUGGUGUCAGCAGGGAUAUGCUUUAGCCAGCGUGAUUCGAACAUGUUAAUUACUGUCCCAGGAAUUCCAUGAGACCUACCUCGUGGUUCUGAUUAACAUGUAUUUCUGUCAUAUUUGCAGCGUGGAAUUACUGACAUACAUAGUUUUGCUUUUCAUGAAUUCCCAAGCAUGUAUUUAUGCACACUUAAACGAACCACCGCCAAAACAUACUCGUAAGUCUUACACAAGUAGACACACUCGGUGCCCUCUCGCUGGCUUGAUCUUAUGAUCUGAUGUUAUGUAGCACAUGUUGAAUCCUGCCCCAUUUUUAUCUGCAUCUGCUCAGCGCCUAAGGGCACAGGUUCAGACAUCAGCAGUCAAAACCCUACAUAUUAGUGCAUUUAUGAAUCUCACAAGGUAGAUAUUACAAGUUAACACGCUCUCUACUUUGAAGUCCUCUGUGUUUAAGUAACAGGAGUGUGAAAGUGACUGUAGUGGGACUUAAAUCCAGUUUGGGUCUUGAUCUCACCCAACCAGAGCAGCGUCUGUGUUUGAAUGUGUGUAUUUUGAAGUGGUCUAGCUGUAUAUUUAAGCAGCGCCAGGUGUGGGGGGUUUAAUUUACUGACUACUUGGUGGAGGUUCAUAACCAGGCGACCUCUUCUUAUAAAAGUACACAUGUGCCCUAGAAACUAUUAAACCAUUGAAGCUGGACUGGAGUUUGAGUUUGCACCUGGUCCCCCAGUCAUAAAACGGUAGUUAGUCUAAUGGCUUUAAAAUGGCCCACUGAGGGACCAAGGCUGUAACUUUAACAAUGACACAUCUCUAUGGCAGCUCUGCAGCCAUUCUUGAGUCUUAUUUACACUAUUGUCCCCUCGCCACGUUGUCCGCGAUGACCUGACCGUGACAAAAUCUGUCUAGGUCCCGUAGGUUGAAUCAGGAUUCAGAUAAGUGGCGAAAAAUGGGAGGAAGAAGUCAGGAAUUUUACUCAGCCUGUGCCUCUUGAAGGUACUUCUCUGAGCAAAGUAAACAAGUCCUUUUUUAUCUGAUGCCUCACUCCUGCCUCUUAUCAAAACUGUGGAGAACUUGGCAAAACAUGGAUUUCCUUCGUAAAUUUAGUUAAAGAAACCCGCGGCAUCUCACUGGAGUUCUAAGCCUAAAUAAGAAGCUUUCAUUUUCAGAAACUUAAUAGCAUCCCCUUUGACGCUGGCAAUAUCUCCAAAGUGAUGCUCAUUUUGGUCUCGAACCAAACAUAGUCUUUUUCUGGUUAUGACUCUACCAAUGUGGGCAGCAAACAUCCAUGUAAUACUAAACAAAACGGUGCUUGACUCAUUUUCUUUCACUCUCAGACUCCCUUCCUGUGGUUUGCGGUGUUUGUUGUUCCCCUUGUCCACCUUGCCUCCUUCCUUUAAGUGCGGCCAUAGUGUCUUCGGGUGAAGUGCCAGAGCAGCGUAGCCUUCAUCUGAAAUAGCAGGGUGAGUCACUUGGGUGGCCAGGAUCAGCAGAGGCAGACUCACAUGGUGGGAGGAUUUUCCACGAGUCGUUCCACAUUGCUGAGUAGGCACGAUUAGUAAGUGAUACGUAAGCUUUGAAAUGUGCGUGUUCAGUGUUUGUUCUGCUUUCUCGCCUCGGUGCUGCGAUGUGGUCAGCACGCUGAUGCAUUUAGCACCCUUUGCCUGUGGUGUCUUUGAAUGCAAUGUGAUAACAUGUAGGUGUGGGAUGUAUACAGACAGAGAGUGCAUAACCAGCAAAAACUCUUGAGUUGCCAUUUUGGAGAGAGGCAUCCACUUGGUAGCAACAAUCGCCAUGGCAGCACCAGUAUCUCUGACAGUUAGCAGUGUCCAGCUGAGUCCUGAAUGUGCUGGCAGUGACUCACAUCCACCUGACAUCCCCCCUCUCUCUCUCUCUUAGCAGUGUGUGUUUCUCCCACUUCCUCCUUCCAUCUGGUUAUACUCUUAUCUUACAUGGAGUGUGACAGGAGAAGGGGAGCUAAGGGAGCAGAUGGAGGGUGGUGAUUACACACUUACUACUCCUGUGUCAGGUGUUUGUUUGUGCGUGUUUGCACAUGCCAAAUGCGUGUUUCCGAGUUUAAGUAUACACUCCUGCUGCCUGUGUGUGUGUGUCAUGUUUGACAUCUCUUCUGUGCUAAACAAGCCCACAGGAAUUAGGAACGGAGUCUGACAUUUGGGUUUGUUUCUGUUUGCGUAUCAGUGUGUUCAGAUGAGGUAAAGUGGAGAGCAGUAACCGGCUCAUAUUAGCUUUCUCGUCAUCUAAUUAUAACUUCACCUCAUAUGUUCAAGAUCAUUUACAAUAAAAACAUACCGAGGACUAAAUUAAAAGUAUUGUAUCCCCCAUGAGGACAUUCUGUUUUUGUUUUUUCCAAUAUCAAGUCCAGUAUUUCACCUAUCAGCUGAUACGGAAAAUAACCUCUAUAUUAUUUCAAUAUAAUCUUGUGAUCUUGGAAUUUUAUGCUGUGUUCGAAUUACCCUGGAAGUUAGAUGUCCGAGCUGGGAAUGACGUUGCAACCGAGUUACUUGCGUUUCAGUCACCGAGUCAGAAAAAAGCAAAAUCGGAGGUGGUAAAAAGAUGGCUACAUAUACAAAAGUUAUUUUAGCGCUUUCCUUGUCCGAAUAUAAGCAAGGACAAGGGAAGCGCUAAAAUAACUUUCGUAGACGGAGCCAUCUUGUUUCCGCCUCCGAUUUUGCUUUUAUCCAACUUACCCUAGUAACUUAGGUGUGACGUCAUUCCGAGGACUUCUGACUUAGGAGGUAACGCAAACGCAGCAUAAAUAUUCAGGGUUAAUUUUUUUUAAAACUCUCACAAAUAAGUGAAUUAAGCAAGUAACAUGUUGAAUGCAUCACAAAUUUUCACCAUUUGGACGUAUAGUUUUCCAGAUUCCCACCUUUACAUGAAUGAUUUUAUUUGCAUUUGGCAUGAUCACAACAUGAGAUUCCUCAGAAACAGUGGGAUAUAUUAUUUAAGAACCCUUUAUUUGAGUUACAAAGGCAUGAUGGCCCCUAGUGGUCGCUAGUAGAAAUUUGUGCUUUUACCACAGAGAACUAAAAUGGGUACAUUGAGUAAUCUGCGAGAAAACAGUAAGAACAACAAAUAAGUAGCCUAGCCUGCAAAUGAAGCAAUAUUAAUGGGACACUGCUUCUUUUCAUGCUGUAAAGGGUAUAUGUUGAAAAACAGCUUGGUUCUACAGAAAACUAUAGAACUAUUAUCACAGAUGGAGGUAACAUUUCCAAAAUUGUAGAAAAUAAAAAGAAACAUCUGCCUAAAGGCGUGCCAUAUGGAAAACAACCCUGAAAUAAAGAUGUGUGCAUCCCCAAAAGGGACCAACGGGGCCUGAGGGUUAAAAAUGAUCCUUUUGUCUGUCUUCGCCACCUUGUGUUGCUGUCUUGCUCAAUGUUUAGAUUCAUCCUUCUCCUAUUUAUAACUCUGAACAAUCAAAAUGGAAACACACUGUAGGAGGACCAUUUUGGAUAGGUCCUGUUUUUGAACACUCCCCUGCUGUCAAGGCGCCGGGCACAGUCUCUAUAUAGACUGAACGUGAUGCGGUGGCGCGUGGGCUCUGACUGCAGGCUGUCCAGCAGAGAUGAUUUCAUUCAGAGAAGGAAACUGUCACCCUGGAUGGAUAAAUAUAUCCUCUCUGUGUCUGUCUGCCCAGACAUGCUCACGGUAGCCUGGUUUCCACUGCUCAGUGUAACAGAACUAACCAGAGCUUAAGGUAGUCAUUAUUGACCACAUAUCAGACCAUUUUCCAGCAUCUGUGGUUUGUUGGCGCAUACUCGCCAUUAGGAAUGAUUUGUCAGCUGGGCUCUGCUUCCAGUCCAAGAAAUGAGCUUUUGAUCCUGAUUAUUUGCAUUUAAGGUUGUUUGGCAUAAGUGAAGUGGAAAAGGAGUAAAUGUUUUUGUGCAGAGGCAGUGCCAUGCACAGUGGUUGGCUGUGUGUUUAGAAGACUUGUGGUUUUUGCUGUAAUUAUUUUCCCUCUGUCUACUUAUAAACCACACGAUCAUGACAAGAACUCAAGGCUCAGGAGAGUGAUUGCAGUUAAAGCUUAAUGAAUUUAAUUUGAGGUGAAAUUUACUGUUCUCUGUGAAAGUGUCAUGCAAAAAAAAAAACACUAUUUUGUCUUAAACUACAGCCUUUAGUGUCAUGACCAUGUCUGUCCCUGUGUUUCUCACCUGUAGACCAAGCUUCCUGUCCUUUUGCUGGGUAGAUCUUCAGACCUGAGGCCAGGUGAGUUUGUUGUUGCCAUCGGCAGCCCGUUCUCCCUCCAGAACACAGUGACCACAGGAAUCGUCAGCACCACUCAGCGAGGGGGCAGAGAGCUGGGCCUUCGAAACUCAGACAUGGACUACAUUCAAACCGAUGCCAUUAUCAAUGUAAGAAAAUAAAAAUGCAUUUUUAUAUUCAGAUACUAUGUUUGUGUCAAAAAUAAUGAGGAAAAACCUUUUGUUCCACAGUACGGCAACUCAGGAGGGCCUUUAGUAAAUCUGGUAAGUUUCUUUUUUCAUUUUAGUUGCUGGCUGAACUCAUUUUUCCAUCUCAUUAUGUGUAAAUGUAUAAAAGAACUUACUUUGGAUAUGAGACACUAAGUUGAGGUUUGCUGUUAUAGGACGGCGAGGUGAUUGGUAUCAACACCCUGAAAGUGACAGCUGGAAUCUCCUUCGCCAUACCCUCAGAUAAAAUUCGGGAGUUCCUGGCAGAGUCGUAUGACAGGCAGUCUCGAGGUACAAGCUCUCUCUCUCUGACAAGACUGAGAAUAUUUUCUCUUUAUUGUUUCCUUUCAAUCACCAGGACAGGCUGUGGCAGGCACAUAUUGAAAAUUAGCCACAAGGGUUGGACCGAGAUCCCUUGUGCUUAUUCAAAAAUGCUCUUUAUGAUUUCGCUCACUAUUUCUGCAACAGUUAUUUCUCACCUCUGUACGCUCCCAUGAGAUAUGUUGAUGAAUUUCCUGCAUUUAUAAAACCGUUGCCCAGCUUUACCCAACACAAAUAUGACACUGCAUAUAAAUUAUAAAGAAGGAGCUGCCAGAAUAUGCCAGGUUUUUCCUAUCACUUUUACUGCUUCUCACCCUUUGCCUUGGGUAGUGUUAUGGAACAGCAAACACAUGAGUAUUUUAUGCGUGACUGCCAACACGGCUGCUUGAUUUGAUUUCUCUGUGUGAUGAUAUCACUGCAAAAACAAGACUACCUACAUUUAUAAUACCACAUGUGGAAGAUGGAGAGGGCAAAUGUGCAAGAUUGGUUAUAUUUGUUUUGUGUUUUGGUUUAUCUCCAGGGAGAGGAGCUGCCAAAAAGAAGUAUAUUGGUGUCAGGAUGAUGACUCUCACACCAGCGUAAGUUGCACACUUUUUUUUUUGACAGGAAAUAGCUCCACUUUACCUCCAGUUAUCUCUUUAAAAGUUCUGCCCACAGAUUUAUAUCGAUUUAAAACCAUGCAUGUGGUGCUAGACUGUGAUAUGAAAAGUUUUGUGUUGUGUUUGUGCUGUGUUUGUUGUCAAAGCAGUAUUGACAAUCACAUUUCAACUGCUACGCAAGACAAAUUUGCUCUAAAAAACAGCAAAAUGUGCCAUUUAUUCAUUUAUUUAUGUUUUUGUGGGCUUUUUAUUCACAAUAGAUACAAUAUAAGUUAGAGCAGCCACUGCACUUAAGUACCAUGGUAUCUAUAGUGAAUGCUGUAACACUGUUCCUGUAGAUGGGCUUUAAAGAAUGGGAUUGUAAAGAAUGCGAUAACAAAGCUACAGAAAAUCAGACAUGAUAGCAGGUUUGUUGUUGAAUUAAUCAGGGUUUAGUAGCUGUCUGAAAUUCAAGUGAUCAGAUAACAAGUUCUGGUAUUUAACCUCUUCACAGGACAAGCUGUUUGAGUCAAAAAUGUUUAACAGAAUUAAACAAUUAGCUAACUAGUAUUUGAAAUCAGAAAGGUACAGAAAAGCAAAGAUAAGUGGUAAUUGUUCAGCACGUCCUUUUUCUUUUUUAACACUACUUUCAAAAUCACCUGAGAAUCUCAGACUAUCCAGAUACUUUCCCUCUUUGACUUGUUGAAUCAAAUCACCUUUGAUUUCUAACAUUUAGUGGCUCUGUAUGCUGAUCACUUGUGUUGUUAGCAUUACUACAAGGGUAUAUCAUCUUUUAUUAGCAGUCAGUGGUCUAUAAUUCAUCUGUGUGCAAGUGCAGCUAACGAUCUGUAAGACUUAAACAAAGGACCAGAACAUCAAGGUUAACAAUAAAACUGAGACCCUCCAAAAGCAGAUGAACUAGCACUCCUCUGGGCAACUUUAUGAACCAAGAAAUGAUGGGGUUUAUUUUGCAUUCUAUUUAUUCUAUUUAUUAUUAAUAAACACAUUAUUGCCUCUCAGCUCACACGUGAACAAGGCAAGGCCCUGGAAAAGAACCCUUUAUUGCUAUCUACUAGCAACACAAGAAUGACUGUAGCUGAAAUCGGUUCAGAGAUGCACCUCUGUAAAUGUAUUAAAUUGUACAUUCGCGUUAUGCUUAUACAUAAAUAUUGAAAUCUUUUUCUUUGUGUGUCCAGGCUAGCCAAAGAGCUGAAGACUCGACACCACGACUUCCCUGACAUCACCUCUGGAGCUUAUGUUAUGGAGGUCAUUGCAAAGACACCAGCUGCAAAGUAAGGAAUAUAUUUCUGCACAUAUGGCUGUUGAGGUGCAGACUCAGUUCAGACUCCAUUGGUUUAAACUUCAUUGUUUGGUGUACAUGCAAAAUCCCAGACUCUUUCUCAGCUGUGGGAUAUUGUCUUUGGCACUUAAAGCUCUAAAUGUGCACUUAAAUCUCACAAGACUCUCAUCACUCCCCACGCAGCCUCUGCUCCGCUCUCACAAUGCAAACAGACGGUAUAUUUUAUUUCCUGUUUCUGUUUUAUUUCUCACCUUUUAAGUGUCAAGCCUGCACAUAAACUCACAUUCACAGACCCACACAAAGCCUCCUGCACAACUGUCUUCAAGCAGAGAGCUAAUUCAUGGCUCACUCCAGCGUGCCUGGAGUUCCUGAACCUCUAAAAUAUCCCCCUCCUCCCACAAUCCAACCCACUCCAAUCAUCCACUACCACAACUCAAGCAGAGUAGGGGCUUGGGAGACGCUGAGGUCAGCUAUUUCCUUCAAACCUCAUGCUGGGAGGUUACAAGCUGCGCUGUGGUUUUCCUGCGCCUGUUGAUCCAGCCCACUCUGAAUGGCGGCCCCUUCUAGGCCUUGUCAGAGUUUACUCAUUGCUUAAUAACUAUGCUCUUUUGCAUAAUAACACCUUUGUGGCUCUCUCUGUUUUUUCCAUGUUUUUCAUCUCUUGCUUUUUGUGUGUAAUGCGCCUUUUUUUGUCCUUGGAAAUCUUGACCCUGCCACAGAGUCUCCCAUGCACUCUGUUGGUGCAGCUUAGAGUAAUGAGGGGAUAAUACUUAGCUGCAGUUGUGUUAAUUGGUACAAGUAAAGGUGUGGUGGUCUGCGCUCACAUGUGGAUACACUUAAGCAGCUGUGGUGAGAGUCAGCGUUUGAUAUCACUGCCCGAGUCUGUGUGAGAUUUCAAUUACUACCUUUGGCUAAUAGAUUUUUAUGAGCUUAGUGCUCAAACCUUGCUGCGCUCUCAUGAUUAUUUCAUCAUUAAGUCUUCAUCAACAGAUGUUGGAGGUUAAAAUAUUUGCCAGCAGACUUGUAAACAAACCUGGCCAAGUAGGAUGUGUUAGAAUCAUAAAAAACUCUUGAAGCACAGGACUUCAUUAUAUUUGUUUUAUUUGGUGGGGAAUUCUUUACAUCUGCAGGCCUAUAAACUAGCAUGCUGUUUUAUUUAUUGAACCUGAAAUCUGAACUGAAAUUUCAGUAACACCUCAUUUUGAGGAAAAAUACCACGUCUUGUAGAUGAAAGGUAAAGCUGGCAAUUAUUUUUUUCAUUCAGGAUCCCAUAUAGUGUCUGUGACAACCCUCUGAUCCCCCAACCUUUUUGUUCAAGCCCUUGGGGUCUGGCUAAAUGGGUAAACUUUACAAUUGGGUUCUAAAUACAGACUUCAGUUUGUAGAAAAUAUACAGUUCUUUAUUAAAACAGAGCAAAGCAGUUUUUUGUAGUCUUUACUCAAAUAGAAAUCUGUUGUGUCUUUGUUGAGGACUUCUUUUAGAGUGAAUGCAUGUUUGGUGAUGAAGUUUUAACACUGAAACACAAAAUUGUGUCAUGCUCUGGAUAUGGUCCCUUUGUACUCUGAAAUGAAUGAGAACAGGGGAUAUACAAGGGUUUUUAAAAUUACAGUUUAAGAGUAAUAGGAGCAUCAGAAAGCCUACAAACACACAACUAAUGCUUUCUUCUGAGGUCAGCUCAGGCUGUUAAUGGAGUUUGUGGACAAUUAAAGCACCUAUUACAAACAUAUGAAAACUUUAGCAUUAGUUUGGUAUUUUAGCUUUGGGUGCAUUGUUUAUACUCAUUAGGUUGUAUACGUUAAUGCAAUGCAAGGGUUGACCAAGCAGCAGCAGCCUUUGUUGAAAAAUGAAGCCAACACAGAAAUUCAACAGACUGCAGUAUGGCUGACUCAAAAAGUCAAGGAAACUCCAUUCAAGCCCGUUCAUCUGAUUUGAUCACAAGGUUUUGCACAGUUAAGCACCGGCAUGGUUAGUUUGACCUGUACAUGGGCACAUUGUAGUUUUUGGAAAGGCUACUCAGCUAUGGCCUCAACUCUGCUACUCUGCCAGUUUCAAGAUCAGCUUGAAGUUAAGUGGAGUCAGCGUUUCCAAUAUAGAGAGAGCCAUCUUUGGCCAUAAUGUCUCUUCAGGCAAAAAUAGGAGACCUUACUGAGACUGUCCAUUGUUCAUGCAGUUUAUGGGUUUGACAUACAACAGUUGCAUUUAAACUGUUGACAUGGGCAUCAAAUGGCCACAAUCAUACACCCCAUAUUGAGAGACGGCACAACUUUUUCCUGGCCUGUGUUGGAGUCCCACAAACAACCUCAGGCUAAAACCAGCAAAAUAUCCUGUCCCUCAGCUAAGGCUGGCAGCACACAAGAGGAUUUGGGGCUUAAUUUAGGGUCCCAAUUUGCUACCCCAAAUGACAAAAUCAUCCAGUUGUUGGAUUCCCUCUGAAUACCUGCAACAAUGAGAGGAGCAGACUAGAAGUGUCACCAGCUUGAUGUUGUAUACUUUUACAUUUCAGACAUGCAAACUAGCUGUACCCACACCAUUGUUUCUGCCAGGAUUUCACCUAUAUUCAUUUUCUUGUUAUUUCAUAUUCUCACUGUAAAGCAGAAUGCUUCUUCUUUGUUUGUUUGUUUUCCUAGAAGUUACGGUUAAUCACGCAAGUUUCUGUGAGAAUUCUACUGUAAUACAUUGCCACAUAUAGCGUGGCGCAUGGUUUAGCAGUCUUACACGUGUGUACAGUGGACUGUAAUGUUAAAAACCAGUGGGGACUGUCCUUACGCGUGUGGUCUUCCAGGGUUUUCUUAUCUGUUACAAUCUGUUAGGAAAUCAACAUUCUUUACUUUCCUAUCAUCUGCAUGUUCUUGCCUUUAAAGCUCUCAGCCAGUCUUCUCUUUUUCUUCUCUCCCCCAGUGCUGGACUUAAAGAGCACGAUGUCAUCAUCUCAAUAAAUGGCCAGAGGAUCUCAACAGCGACUGAUGUCAGCGCUGCCAUCAAGACUGCUGACACUUUGAGAGUAGUUGUGCGCCGUGGAAAUGAGGACGCUAUCCUAACAGUGGUUCCCAUGGAGAUCGACCCUUGA